AUGUCGGCUACAUUGAUUGGACGUGUUUUGCAAAAGGGCUCACGGGAAGCCUUAAAAGGCGCGAGAGCUUACAGCAAACCAACAGAAGCGAUUCUGCGCAAGAAUACUGCGUACCAAGAAGAUAAUGGCGUCCCGGUUUACCUGAAAUCGGGGUUUGGAGAUAAAGCACUCUUCAUUGUAACUGCUACUUUGAUAGGCAUGGGAGUGAUUCAAAGUUACUACACAUUGAUAUCCAUGGCAAUGGGAAAGAAAAAAUGA